AAGUACAUCUUUCUGGCCUGGACCGGCAGAAUGGAAGAGCUCGGGUACCCAGAGGCGGGGUUGACGGGGCCAGAGGUAGCCGUGGCUACCGAGCCCGCGGCGCCCUCCCUUGUGGAUCGAUACUUCACUCGCUGGUAUAAAGCGGAUGUCAAAGGAAAACCCAGUGAGGACCACUGUAUACUACAACACUCCAACCGAAUAUGUGUCAUCACGCUGGCAGGAUCUCACCCCGUUCUUCAAAGUGGCAAAACUAUUAAAAGUAUUUCCUAUCAGAUCAGUACCAACUGUAGCAGACUUCAGAACAAAGUAUCUGGGAAAUUUAAGCGGGGGGCACAGUUUUUAACAGAACUCGCACCUCUGUGUAAGAUUCACUGCUCUGAUGGAGAAGAAUAUACCAUAUCUAGCUGUGUUAGAGGUCGAUUGAUGGAAGUGAAUGAAAAUAUUCUUCAUCAGCCGUCUCUUCUUCAAGAAAAGCCCUCCACUGAAGGCUACAUUGCAGUUGUAUUGCCCAAAUUUGAAGAAAGUAAAAGCAUAACAGAAGGGUUACUAACACAGCAACAGUAUGAAGAAGUCAUAGUAAAAAGAAAUAAUCCUACAGCCACAUCAUGAGCCCUGAGAUGGAGAGACAGCAAAGGAUUCUCACCCUGCUUGGCCUCAACCGUCAGUUCACUGAAGAAAGCAAGUGUAUGUGAAGUAUUCCUCACACAUGGCCACAGGAGAAGCCUAAUCCUUCAUCUAACCUAAUUCCCCUCCUUUGUCUUAACAUCACAAGCCUUGGUCCCCAUUUGUAGUCAAGCUCUAGGAUCUACUUUGCCUAGGUACUUGCUUUGGGUGUUUGCUUGCAUAUGUACAUCAGAAAACAACUUUGAGUUUUUACCUUUUGUUAGACAUGCUCUCAUUGGCUUAGAACUUUGCCAUGAAGUUCCAGGGAGACACCCAUCACCUCUGCCUCCCAUCUUGCAAGGCUAGUAUUACAAGUACACACACCAUACCCAGCUUUUAUAUGGGCCAGAAACCCCAAACUCAGGUCUUCAUGUGUUCAAGGUGUAUUACUUUUCAGUGUCUGUGAUUGAUAAAAUACCAUAACCAAAAGCAACUUCAACAAGUGUUUAUUUGGGUUGUAGUUCUAGAAUACUAGAUGUCCACCCUAGUAGGAAGGAAUGGUAUCAAGAGCAGGACGCUGAGAGAUCACAUCUCCACCAUACACAAAAAGCAGAAAGUAAACUGGAAGUAGGGUAAGGUUAUUAACUGCCCCUAGUCAUGUAAUUCCCCAGCAAGACUUCUUGUACUAAAAGUUCUGCAACCUGGGGACCAACUGCUCAAAUA